GAUUCACAGUUGUUCGUAGCUCAAAAAACACAAUCACCAUGGCUUCAUCUUCAACCUCGGCUCGUUCCAGGCCAAGGGGAGAUCACCUCCCUCUCAUCAUGUGCCCCGACUGCGGUGAGGUGCAGGUAGAGACCAACAUCAGCGGCGUACCUGGGCCUAACAUGGGCAGACGUUUUUACAAGUGCCCGAUCGACAACGGCCCCAACAAGUGUGGUUGGUUCAAGUGGGAGGAAUCCUACGCUGGCAUCCUCACAAGGCGUCAAACAGCGGCCAUCCGCGCGCAGCCAAGGGGAGUUAAUCAAGCGGAACAGGGGGAUAUGAUGGUACCACAACCGUCGCCGGCUAGGCGCCCGCAACAAAACACGGCUUGGGGAACGAACUGGAUGAUGAUAGCUUUAAUGGCAAACAUCGCUGUCAACAUCAUCUUGACCAUAGCCCUCAUUGGAUGCAUGUGAAGAAGUUCGGCACAAUGCGGCAGUAGCACGAAGCAGUGUAUCUUUUUUUUAUUGACCAAGUAGAUCUUCUAACAUGUAUGGUUUUUCGUUUUAUAAGGAAUUAGUUCUUAAUCUAUGCUGCCAUGUUUCCGAACUUUAACUAGCAUCAGCGCGCGUGCUCUGAUUGUAAUUAGAGCAUGGCACCAUCGUCCGGUCUGGUAGGCACUGUGAUAGUAAAUGCAUUGAGAAGUCAUGUCUCACUGUAAAAAGUUGUGCCACCCGAGCAAUCAAUCGCGCCCGAGCACACAGGUGCACCUUUUUCUACGCACGGCGACUUGGACACAGCUGCAUUUACCACUCGCAUCAGUAUCGUGCACACGCAGACAACUCUCGUCCUCGCUCCCAUCUCUACCAGAAGCGACGACAUCUCAUUAGCAGUUGGCCCGACGAUCUACUCUUUUUCCUCGGUGUAGCAAGCAUCGACGAAGAACGCAGGCACCGCAGGAAGAGAUAUGGAAGCCCAUGUCGAUCUAGAAGAGCUUGAGGCUCAGAACACAGAGUUUCGCCAGUUCAAUUCAGUACAGGGAACGAUUGCAGUUACAUCUAGGAUUUCAGUUCAGAAACUAGUUAAUAUAUUUUCGCAGUUCACUGAUUUCAAGAGACAGCUAGUUAGAGAUAUUGGAUUUGGAGGUGUGCUCGGGAUCAAGCCGCUGCCAAUGCUGAAUCUUAAAUUCAGUUCCUGCUUAAUGGAGAAGGUCAACCCAGACACCAAAGAGAUUCUAAUAGAUGAUGACCGCGGAAUAAAGUUCUUUCCAAAGGACGUUAGCAAUGUUUUUGGCAUCCCUUGUGGUACAAAGAAAAUAUCCACUUAUCCAACAAAACUAUCCAAAGCAUGUGCAGAAUUCAAAAAAAUUGCCGAAGAGAUGAGCGACAAGGGCGUGCACAGUCUGAAGGCUGCCGAAGCUAUCCUGGUGAAGCAUCUGGACACAGAUUCACCGGCUAUAGACAUAGACAUGUUCAAGAUCGCUGCUGUUAUUUUUGUUGUGGGUCACAUGCUCUGUCCAUCAUCAAAAAAUGACUACACUAGCGUUGAUUAUUGGGAAGCACUCAGCACAACCGCAGAGAUCAGCGAGUACAAUUGGAGUGAAUUUGUAGUUGAGCACCUGCUUUCCGCUGUACGGAAGUUGAAGUGUGAUUUGCAGACUCGGACACUCUACCAUACAUCUAAUUGGAUGCCAUUUGUUUCUUCAGGUUUUUGUCUUGGACAAUUUAGAGCUAGGAUCGCUCACACGGCGCGCCACCUCAUCACCAAGGAUUGCUCUUUUUGACUACGAAACCAUCUGCAAGAUGGUAGAUUCACUAAACAUCAGCCAGAGUGGCGAGCCAACAUUCAUAUUCACCAGGGGGAUGCGGAUUGACGACGUCGGGUACUCAAGGUGCUUCACAAACAAGCUUGUAAUUCAGCAGCAUGUAUCCUCACCAUUCGGGGCAGGCCUUGAGCAGAACAAUAUGUUCAAGACACCAGACACCACCUCACGACAGUACAACCCAAGCUUGGUUUCUAAUCCAAUGGUUCAUGCUACAAGUCGGAAAGGGCCUUCAGAUUUUGCCCGCCACCUCCAUGAACGCUACCCUGAACUAGUGUCAGACCCAAUAGCAAUUUUCUUAAGGGAGCACAACGCAAGGGUAAUCAGGAACAUGUUCGAGCUACAGCAGAAAUACCAUGAGGAAAUCACAGCCUUUGCUGACAAAAUAAUGCUCAAAUUAUCACAACGGAACAAGUGUGACACCAAUAACAUCUUCGAUGUAGGCCAGCCUACCACGAACAACAAUAGCAGACCUGCUGGUUGUUCACAUGCGCCGCCCGCAACAAUGUAUGGCGGCAACCCACAGCUGAUUUCCAAAUCUGCAUCCGGCGAUGACGGAUGCUCUGCAACCCGGUCCACCAGUCAGAGUUCAGUUUCUGGUAAGCGUCAGUUAGCACACGUAACGACAGCAGGCAGCAUGGACACUGCUGGAUCUGCGUCAUCUGGCACCCACAAUUCUGGUAAGACGUGCAAGCGCCAUCCAUCAUUUUCUUAGUGAUUUUGUUUCUACCAUGUAUUAUUCUGAAUAGACCGGCAACACCUUUUUGUGGUGGAUGGGGCUGCCAAUUUGCUACGUUUGCACGCGCGGCAGGAUGGCAUCGGAAAAAAACACGCAUUAACCAGCCAGAUUUCGAAGAUGACACGGAGACAAGCCUAGGCAUUGAACAAAGUACAUCCGAAAUAAUGCCAAUACCCAAGAACCAGAAGAAGGAGAUACUCAACGAGCUAGCUGCUACCACACAGUUUGCAAUCGAUGUCAUUGAACAAUUGACGUUGUUAUAUGCGGACAAGCUCCCAGUUGGGUGUGAGGGUGCAAUAAUAUUUGGGCAGUGCCUCACCGAACGCAUCGAAAAAAUAUUGCUCGGUGGAUCGAACAUGGCACGGGACCCCUAGGCAAGUGGUUCUGUUCCACACCCACCAUCGCCGACAGCUGUAGCAGCGAUAAAAGACUGGUUCUCCCCCGCAUCAACUCUAUCAAGUUAGACGGCUCACAAUUAUAUGAACAGAUCAUCGGGGGUCACCAAUUGAGCCACGAGCUGUGUGCCGUCAUCAUGAGGCGUUUUGGUCAGAUCGAUUCUAUUCUAAAUUGCGGUGCAAUUGGUACGAGAUGGAGAAAAUUCAUGGAGCCAGACAUAGCCGUGAGUACCAUAGCCACACAAAAAAACAAAAAUGUCCUCUUUUUUUUAUGCCCGACCCAUUUUUAAUGGAGUGAUUUUUUUGCUGCGCCA